UAUGGAGACAUAGUUUGGUUGAAGAAACAAAUCGAUCGAAAUAAUAGAUUGUCUUAAUACAUAUAUUACAUAAUAAAGUCCGAACAGAUUAAUAAGAGUUUUAUUAUUUUUGGUGAUCGUGUCAAAUUAUAUUUAUAAAAAUGAAUUUUUUACAUAUUACAUAUAAAAACUUCGUAGAAAACGUAGAUAAGCGUUUGACGUCAUGGUUACUGGUUAAUUCGUUGAGUAUGGUACCAAUGAUCCUUGGAAUUUACAUCAUAUUACUAUUAGGUGGUAUGAAAUAUAUGAAAAAUAAAAAGGCGUAUUCCUUGAAAACAUUUAUAUACUGCUAUAAUAUAUUUCAAAUUAUAGCUAAUAGUAUUAUAAUAUAUAUAUACAUAGAUGGAGGAUGGUAUAGAGAUAUAUUUAUUUAUUGUGUACCUUUUACGUAUUCAACGGAUCCCGCAUCUAUGAAGAUAGCAUCUGGGAUGUGGUGGACGUUGAUUUUAAAAAUUAUCGAUCUGAUCGAAACGGAAAUAUUCGUGCUGCGAAAGAAAAAUAAUCAAAUAACGUUUUUGCACGUGUAUCACCAUAUAUCAACGGUGUUGCUAAUCUGGCUUGGUGUAAGAUAUUUCGCGGGAGGAAUGGCUUGUUUCUUGCCGUUAGUAAAUUGUAGCAUACAUGUUGUUAUGUAUACAUAUUAUUUUCUAUCAUCGUUGGGUCCGAAAAUGCAAAAGUUGAUCCUCCCCUAUAAGCCUAUUCUUACUAUUACUCAAAUGGUACAAUUUGUGGUACUGCUGUUACAUCUCAUUCAAGCAUUUCUACCGAGUUGUAACGUGCCGAAAUUACCAGUUUUUGUUACGUUUCUUGAUAUAAUUAUCAACUUUCUAUUGUUUUAUAACUUUUAUCAGAAAAAUUAUAAGAAUCCAAAAGUGAAGAGUAAAUAAAUAAAAGGAGGGAUAAAUACAAUCGUAUUUAUAUCAUCUAUUUAAAUAAAAGAAUUAUAUCGUUCGAUAAGAAUCUUUUAUUGAAAUGUGAUAUAAUUCGUAUAUAUAUAUAUAAAAAAAAAAAACAAAGAAAAAAAGAAAGAAAAGAAAAAAAAAACGUUCGAAUCUUUUUGUCUAAAUUUUGAUUUCAAGAAAUUGAACUUAACUCGUUGAUAUUGAAUGAUACAAAGAUCUACAUUGUUUUUAAAUCCUUACGUAAUGUUGACUUUUAACUGAUUUGAGUCAUUUAAAUACGAUUGUAUAAAGGAAUAAAUUACUUGUAUUGGAAAUUAUUUA